UAAGAAAAUUUCAUUCUUAAGUUACCAAUGUGGAUUAUAAAUUAACGAAAUGAGCAAAUCACGUAGAUUUGAAGCUGGAAGGCGAUUGGCCACAAAAGAAGCAGGAGAAGAAAUUGUCAUCGCAGGGAUUUCCGGUAGAUUCCCCAAAUCUGAUAAUGUCAAGGAGUAUAAAGAGAAUUUGAUGAACAAGGUGGAUAUGUGCGAUGACGAUGAACGACGUUGGAAGCACACCGAUCCGGAGAUUCCAAAGUUAUCAGGAAAAAUAAAUCAACCGGAAAAGUUUGAUACUGGUUUCUUUGGUGUUCAUCGAAUGCAAGCCGAUGAGAUGGAUCCAAUUAUCCGUAUAUCUUUAGAAAGUGCGUUCGAAGCUUUCGUUGAUGCAGGUAUGAGUCCUGAAGACGUUAAAGGUUCCCGAACUGGAGUUUUUGUUGGAUCGUGUAACUCGGAAUCUGAAGUCAUCAAUUGUUAUAAUAAUUUAAAACCAAAAGGUUACAGUCUCGUAGGCUGUACGAAAUCUAUGAUAGCACAAAGGAUAAGCUAUGCUCUGCAGUUAAAUGGUCCUUCUAUGGUAUGUGACACAGCAUGCGGCAGUAGUUUACAAGCUAUGAUUCAAGCUUACAAGUCAAUUUGCGAAGGAAAAUGCGAUAUGGCUAUAGUGGGUGGAACGAACUUGUGCUUCAAUCUCAAUAUUGCUUUGCAACAUGCACGGCUAGGUGUUCUGAACAUGAACACAGGAUGCAGACCAUUCGAUGACAACGCUAGUGGUUUUACUAGAUCUGAGGCAAUCGUUAUGAUUCUCUUGCAGAAGAAGAAAUUUGCUAAACGAAUUUACACAGAAGUCGUGCAUUGCAAAUCAAAUGUAGAUGGAUACAAAGAACAAGGAAUAUUGCAACCAUCCGGUGAUGGAUUUUCGCUUCUCUUCAAAGAGAUAUAUGAAGAAGCGAACGUUUCCCCAUCGACUGUUGCCUAUAUCGAAGCUCAUGGAACUGGCACGGUUGUCGGAGAUCCCUUGGAAGUGAACCGCAUUAACGAGUUCUUUUGUCCGGGAAGAGAAAACGCGUUAUUCUUAGGAUCAUGCAAAUCCAAUACAGGUCACACCGAACCUGCUUCUGGUCUUUGCAGCAUGAUAAAAUUAAUUUGUGCGAUGGAAAGUGGAAUUAUUCCACCAAAUAUAAACUUCGAUAAACCGAAUAAAAAUAUCAAAGCACUUUUGGAUGGCAGUAUUAAGGUGGUGACAGAGAAGACUCCUUGGCCGAACGACAUGAAUUUUGCUGCUGUCAACAAUUUUGGAUUUGGCGGUACCAAUUGUCACGUCUUAUUGAAAAGACCCGACGAAAAUAACAGAAAAAGACCAUUUGACAAUCAAGCUACAUUAGUGUGUUAUAGUGGUAGAACUACUGAAUCCAUGCAAACCUACAGGAACUUCUUAAUAUCGAAAAAUUCUGAUUACGAUUCAGCAGCUUUAAUACAUUCGAUUUUCAAAAAACGAAUUGAAAAUGAUGAUUAUCGCGGAUUCUCUUUGAUCGAUUCAUCUGGGGAAUUGCAUAAUUCGUAUAAAUAUGUACCAGAAGGACCAAGGAACUUCAUUUAUUUUUAAACGGCGUUAAACAUCAUCAUUUGGAAAUCCUUAAGCAGAUGCAAACAGUCCAUUUUUUUCGUGAUUAUAUUAAUGAAUUCAAAUUAGCUUUGAAAAGGAAUAAUAUCUCUGAAUGUUUUGAUGGACCAAACGAACUAUUUGGAACUAUUUGUUUGCACUAUUGCUUAAUACAAACUUUCAAAACAUUGAAUGCUCCUAUUUGUAAAAUUACUUACUCUUCAAUUGGCCAACUAACUGCUGCAUAUGCUGCAGAAGUUCUUAGUCUGGAUAACGUUAUUUUGAUAGGAAAAGGAUUGAUUGGAAAAAGUAAUGGAACAUUAAUAUCUUUGCUUGAAGAAUUCAGACUAAUCCAGCUGCAAAAGGAAAUAAGUAAAUUUACAUUAUCAAAAAAACAAACUGAUAAUUUUCAAUAUGUUACUGACAAAUAUUCGGUGAGCAACUUCCUCAAUUACUCUCCAAAUGAGUGGAACGUCAAAAAUGUGAUUAUCGGUGUAGAUUUUGAAAGUGCAGAAGAUUCUCUACAAAUAAUUCACAUGAUUCGCAGAGAUAUGACUGUAAACGAUAUGUUAAUUGAAUUUGGAAAGUUGUAUGAAUUGGGAAUCGAUUUCGAUUUGGGAAAGUUGUAUCCGAUUCAAUGGCCAGUUAAGAGAGGAACGGCGAUGAUUUCUCCAUUGAUCAAAUGGAAACAUGAUCAUGACUUUCGGACACCAUUAUGUCAGGUUGUUGAAAAUAAAAACGCCGAAAAACAUAUUAUGUUAAAUACAUCCAAUAAUGAUUUACGGUUCUAUAAAGGGCA